UUCCCUCUCCACCUUCUUCUACUUCCUCCUCCUCCUCCUCCUCGCGAAUCCGAGCUCUUGUUCCUCGCCGCAAGCGUCUCCUCCUCCUCAUCUCUUCGCGAUCAAGCAAGGCAAGCGGGAAGUGCAUCGAUGGCGGAGACGGAGACGUUUGCCUUCCAGGCCGAGAUCAACCAGCUCCUCAGCCUGAUCAUCAACACCUUCUACAGCAACAAGGAGAUCUUCCUCCGCGAGAUCAUUAGUAACGCCUCCGACGCUCUAGACAAAAUCCGAUUCGAGAGCUUAACAGACAAGAGCAAACUUGAUGCUCAACCGGAGCUCUUCAUCCACAUUAUCCCUGACAAGACAAACAACACUCUAACCAUCAUUGACAGUGGGAUUGGCAUGACCAAAGCUGACUUGGUCAACAAUCUCGGUACCAUUGCCAGAUCUGGAACCAAGGAAUUCAUGGAAGCACUAGCAGCUGGUGCUGAUGUGAGCAUGAUUGGCCAGUUUGGUGUUGGGUUUUAUUCGUCUUACCUUGUAGCUGAGAAGGUUAUUGUCACUACCAAGCACAACGAUGACGAGCAGUAUGUUUGGGAAUCCCAAGCUGGUGGAUCAUUUACUGUCACCAGAGACACUUCUGGCGAGAUUCUCGGUAGGGGAACCAAAAUCACUCUCCUCCUCAAAGAGGAUCAGCUCGAGUACCUUGAGGAGCGUCGCCUGAAGGACUUAAUCAAGAAGCACUCUGAAUUCAUUAGCUAUCCCAUUUCCCUUUGGAUUGAGAAGACCACUGAGAAGGAGAUCUCUGAUGAUGAGGACGAGGAAGACAAGAAGGACGAGGAAGGGAAGGUUGAGGAUGUUGAUGAAGAGAAAGAAAAGGAAGAGAAGAAAAAGAAGAAGAUCAAGGAAGUGUCUCACGAGUGGUCUUUGGUGAACAAGCAAAAGCCCAUCUGGAUGAGGAAGCCUGAGGAAAUCACCAAGGAAGAGUAUGCUGCCUUCUACAAGAGCUUGACCAACGACUGGGAAGAACAUUUGGCAGUGAAACAUUUUUCAGUUGAAGGUCAGCUUGAGUUCAAGGCCAUCCUCUUUGCUCCAAAGAGGGCUCCUUUUGAUCUCUUCGACACCCGCAAGAAACCCAACAACAUCAAGCUCUAUGUUCGCCGGGUCUUUAUCAUGGACAAUUGUGAGGAGCUGAUGCCGGAGUAUCUUGGCUUUGUUAAGGGUAUUGUGGACUCGGAGGACCUUCCACUAAACAUUUCAAGAGAAAUGCUCCAGCAAAACAAGAUCCUCAAGGUCAUUAGGAAAAAUCUUGUCAAGAAAUGCAUCGAACUCUUCUUUGAGAUUGCGGAGAACAAGGAAGACUACAACAAGUUCUACGAGGCAUUCUCAAAGAACCUCAAGCUCGGUAUCCAUGAGGAUUCGCAGAACAAGAGUAAGCUUGCUGAGUUGCUGCGAUACCACUCCACCAAGAGUGGUGAGGAGAUGACCAGCCUCAAGGACUAUGUGACUAGAAUGAAGGAGGGUCAGAACGACAUCUACUACAUCACUGGCGAGAGCAAGAAGGCUGUAGAGAACUCCCCUUUCCUGGAGAGGCUCAAGAAGAAGGGCUACGAAGUGCUUUUCAUGAUUGAUGCCAUUGACGAGUAUGCCAUUGGCCAGCUCAAGGAAUACGAGGGGAAGAAGCUAGUCUCGGCCACCAAGGAAGGUUUAAAACUCGAUGAAAGUGAGGAUGAGAAGAAGAAGGGCGAAGAGUUGAAGGCAAAGUUUGAGGGACUGUGCAAGGUUAUCAAGGAUGUCUUGGGCGACAAGGUUGAGAAGGUUGUGGUGUCUGAUCGUGUGGUUGACUCCCCAUGCUGUUUGGUCACUGGCGAGUACGGGUGGACGGCCAAUAUGGAAAGGAUCAUGAAGGCACAGGCUUUGAGAGACAACAGCAUGGCUGGCUACAUGUCGAGCAAGAAGACAAUGGAGAUCAACCCUGAGAACCCCAUCAUGGAAGAGCUGAGGAAGAGGGCGGAUGCCGACAAGAACGACAAGUCAGUGAAGGACCUGGUGCUCUUGCUCUUUGAGACCGCACUUCUGACCUCGGGCUUCAGUCUGGAUGAUCCCAACACCUUCGGCAACAGAAUCCACAGGAUGUUGAAGCUUGGCUUGAGCAUCGAUGAGGAUGCAGCGGAUGCCGAUGCAGAUAUGCCCCCGCUGGAGGAUGCGGAUGUUGAUGCCGAGGGCAGCAAGAUGGAAGAAGUUGAUUAAGUUAAUUGCACUGGGAACUCCUGGAGAU